GUGCCUCCGAACCACGCGUAUGAAGUGGCUGUCACGUCACACUCUAACGUCUUGCCGCGAUAUUUCAUCUGUGAAAGGUCGACACUUCUCGAGGCUCAACGAGGUUUAGCAAACUUCCACACCGCCCGCGUCGGCUCGAGUGGUUGUGUUAAUCCCGGAGAAGAAGCGCACAGCCCGGCUCUCGGUUUAUCUCCCUCCACCCGUCGAGCGUUCAUUUUCUAAAAGUUUUAUCACGGGUGAGAUUAGCGAGCUUUUUGUGGCACGAAAGAGGUCAAACGGCGUCUUGUUGACAGCGGAGUCCGGUUUCUGUCCUCUCCCGCCGCCUCUUCUAGCGGUUCCGCAGACGUCUACGGUCCCGCGGACGAUGGUUCUACUGACGCACCUCCGUCCGCCCACCGAGGGAGUGCGGCACGAGCAAGCCGAGACCACCGCGGUGAUGGACGGCCAGAAGGUGGGAUGCGGCACGCUGUUCGUCGCCGAAACGCGCCUGUCAUGGUUUGACGGCUCGGGGAUGGGUUUCUCUCUGGAGUACCCCACCAUCGGCUUGCACGCCAUCUCCAGGGACGUCAGCGCUUACCCACAGGAGCACCUGUACGUCAUGGUCAACGGCAAACUCACAGGUGAGAACGGGGCAGCGGCUUCAGAAGGAGCGGCCGAUAUCGAAGAAGAAGAAGAAGAUGCCGACGGCGGCAAUAACGACGGCGAUGAUGAAGAUGAUUUAGGCGCCAUCACAGAGAUCCGGUUCGUGCCCAGCGACCAGGGGGCAUUGGAGGCCAUGUUCGCAGCGAUGUGCGAGUGCCAGGCGCUGCACCCCGACCUCGAGGACGACGACGACGACUCCGACGACAACGACUUCGAAGGACAAGAGUACAACGUGGAGGAGGCCGAGCACGGCCACGCCGACAUCCCCACCUUCUACACCUGUGACGAGGGUCUGUCGUCCCUCACGCAUGAAGGCCACGCCACGCUGGAGAGGCUGGAGGGCAUGUUGGCCCAGUCGGUCACUCAGCAGUACCAAAUGGCCGGGGUCCGGACCGAAGAAACCAACCCCGAACACGAAGACAGUAUGGAGGUGGACGCAGCAGCGAUGGAGGCCGGUCAGUUUGAGGACGCAGACGUCGACCACUGAUGGAAGGCCCCGAAGAGGCCGGCUGAAGCACCGAUGCAGUGUUGCAUCAUGGGAUUGGAGGAGAGGACAGCAGCACUUCUCGAACGCUCCCGGCUCUUACUCUCUUCAGAAACAAAAAAUGUUCCCCGUGUCCUUAAACGUCAUCUUACUUGUCUCUUUUUGUAGCUCGCCACAUUUUCUCUCACUUCAUCGGAAGUCGCGUGUUGCUUUUUGUGGCUUUUUUUUAGUCGCAUUCAUCUCUACUAAUUUGUCCAAACCAUAUUCUUAAAGUAUGCCGUAGACAGUUAAAUCGGCUACUGUAGACUUUUGAGAUGAAGCCCACAUCCUGUUAACUGCAUAAACAAAACGAUGACUUUGUUUGUUUUGUACCUAACGACCAAUUUAAUAUCAGAUUUUCCUGCUGAGGAAAACAAAUGUCUUUGUAUUAAACUGUCAAUAAAUGCAUAGUUUUUCUAUCUA